CCGCCCUCCCUCCCCCGUCCCCCCGGCGCAGUCACCUCUUCUGCUUCUUCCUUUCAUUCGGGCCACGCUCCUUUAGGCGCCCGCUUCCUCUUCUUUAGUGUGAUCUUUCUUCUGCAGCGUCCUGGUUGUCGCUUAUUUUCUAUCCCUACCCGCCGCUUUAUCGAAAAGGAAGUCCACACACUCCGUCCCUCCUUUAAAGCCAAGCAAAAGGUCACUUGGAUGACCUGGUCAUAUUGCUGUGCAAUAAUUGAAGAGAAAAAAAGGAAAGCAAAAAGCAAAAAGUACAUUCCCAUUCCUUGACGACAACAUUGCAUCUCGUGUUACACCGCAGCUGGUUCCUGUUUUCGGAAACACAUUGUUGGGGUGGAUUCACUCUGCACACGCGCCACAGUCACCAGAGACGAUUCACACCGCAACAACCCCCCCCCUGCAACUUGACUCCGGAGUUCUGCAAAAGCCCUCAUCGCUGGAGCAGAGAAUAAAAUUACUACUUCGACAACCUAGGGAAACUCCAGCUUGCGAUCUUGGAACUGAAUAGAGUUCAAUUGUCAAAAGUACCACCAUGUCGGGUUCCCAGUCCCUCAUGAGAGCGUUCACAAAGCGCCAGAAAAGGCCAAAGGUCUCUGCACCUAUGCCGUUCCGCGAAGGCCAGGUCAAAUUCGCCCCUGGAACCAUCGAUCGUUCGCGGAUCUCCCCUGCAAUCGAACUCAUCUCCUCCACCAACGUCCUCGCUUACACCGCCCCGGAUCUACCCUCCACCAAAAGCCCAAACGGGCUCUCUUCCUCCUCGUCUUCUUCCUUUCGCUCCGCCGACGACCUGGAUGUGCCCAACUUCACCCCCAUCACCUCUCCUGCCACCUCGACCCGUGACGAGUCCCCAGUCUCCACCGAACCUAGUCUUCCUCCCUACUUCGAGUCGACGAAGCGACCAAAGCCAAGCGCCAGGUCUUCCGCCUCCUCGUCGCGAUCGAAAGAUGCUACACCUCCAAUCCCGCAGCGCGCACUCUUGCACACGAAGUCACAGCCCAACCUUGGACGAGAAGGACCUCCGUCCAAGAUGACCCUUCCCCCGAUUUCUCUCAAUAACCCAGCCUCCUCUCGAGUGAACUACGAACCUUACAAUACUCUGCCGGAAUCGACGCACCCAUUCAUGAAGGAGCUGGAACAGGUCAACGAGGUGGCCGAGGAGUUCACUCGCGGAGUACGUGACGAGGAAGAGGAAAUUCUAUUGAACAAGGGAUUAAAGAAGUUUGCGGUGGAGGAUUAUAUUUUCGAAAUUCAAGAUCUGUAUCAGACCUAUUUCGGAGACGAGCUCGGUGAGCGGCAACCUAUGGGCGGGGCAUGGAUCUGAUUCUCACUUUGAUGCCCUCCAUACGCCAUCGCUCAGUAAACAGUCGACUUACUACCAAGGGAAAAAGAACUAGAAAUAAUUUAAAAAAAAAAAAAAUGAAAUGAAAAGAAAUGAGCCCUUCUGGCUUUGGCCAGGCCAGAUAAAUCUCUCGGCGCCUCGACCCGGAUCACGCGAAUACAUAAUUUUCGGCUAUAUAUUGUGCGGUUCUCUAUUUUCGAAUCUGUCACGAUCAUUCCAUCCUACUCAGUUGCUUUUCUGUGUCUAUAUUUAUUUUCAUAUUUAUAAUGCUCACGCUUCCCCCCCAUGUCCUAUUUCCUUAUAUUUGUUAUGAGUAUUGAUUCCCCCCUAUUUAUGACCGGUUUUGAGUUUUUAUGGUUGCACUGGGUUCGGUAUUUGUGUCUCUUGUUUCCCUUACAUGUCGGUUCCAGUAAGCAAUGGCUAUUGUUCGCCGGAAGUAGAUCUCGAGUGAUAUUUCUGCAUGCCAGCUGUUUGUAAUCUCCCCAUGAGUUCAAUUCCGGACGGUACAGAGA